UUUACUUUUUUUUAAUUGUUCGCUUCGCUUCGGUAAAGCGUUUCGCUUCGCUUCUUGCCUAGGCGUUAGGAGCCUUGGUCGCUUCAGUUUGCUUUACGCCUUAAAUAACACUGGGUCAAAAAUUCUAGAAGUUUGGUGGAUGCAGGUGAGGAUGAGAUCUGCGCAGGAGCAUAUUUUGAUAUGCACAAGAUGAUUAUUUUUUGUUUCACUCGAUUUUGAGAAGCGAAAGUGGGAGCUGUUGGAGAAGAAGCGGGGUUAUGGGUCUUUCCCUUAACAGCGUUAAUUAUGCAUUUUAAUCCACAAACUACAUGAAGUUUAUGUGGCUUUUUGAAGGCGAUGGAGUUGAUCUGCAAAAGGAUCUAACGUCAAGCUGUUGUAGUCCAUAAUCAUGUUGAUUUGAGCACCGUAGUAUGUUCAAAUCUGUUAUUAUGGGACCAGGGCUUGGACAAAACUAGCUAUUUUCAGGGUCUCAUAGUUCAAGUUAGCUGGCUCGACAUUACUUUAUUUCCCUUGUGGAAGACUAUGCACUACACAUGUGGUGCAAAAUUUGCAUUCAAAAUUCUGGAAACUUACAGGAAAAUUAGUGCCACAGAUCAAGCACAUCCAAGAGAUAAAAGUGAGACAUCAUCAAGUAGUUCGACUUGUGAAACUCCUUUGUAUGGAAAUUGUGAAAUUGGAUUACUCAAAAGCUGCAUCAAUAUUUGCAGUUUCACUAAAAGUUGCAGCAAUUACUGGGGCUCUUGAAGUUGUUGAAGUGAUUUUAAGUUCAUUUCCUGGUUCAAUUUAUCUUAAAGAUGAGCUUAACCAGACGAUUUUCCAUCUUGCAAUUGCAAAUCGUCGUGAAAAUAUUUUCAAUCUGGUUUAUCAAUUCAAGGAAUUUGGCAACCUAUUUGUCUCCACAGUAGAUAACAGAAUGAAUAAUGGUCUACAUUUGGCUGGUCGUUUGGAAAGUCAACAGAAACUAAAUCUCAGAGCUCGUGCUGCUGGUGCAGCUCUACAGAUUCAGCUUGAAUUACAGUGGUUUAAGGAAGUAGAAAAUUUUACUAUGGUUCCAGAUGGGGGACGGAUAAACAACGAUGAGAAGACACCAAUGAUGUUAUUUACAGAGACACAUGAGGAAUUAGUUAAAGAAGGAGAGCAAUGGAUGAAAGACACAUCCAAUUCAUGCGCAAUUGUAGCAGCAUUAAUUGUUACAAUUGUGUUCGCUGCUGCCAUUACUGUACCAGGUGGAAACAAUGGUGCUGGCCUUCCAGUUUUCUCCCAAGAAAAAGCCUUCACAGUGUUUGCCAUAUCAGAUGCACUUGCUCUUUUCUCUAUGCGCUACCCAAGAGAUUGACUAUAGGUCUUGUGACCCUAUUGCUUUCCAUAAUAUUUAUGAUGGUAGCCUUUGGAGCCACACUUUAUAUUGUUUUUGGAGAUAAAAAAACAUGGAUUCUUGCUCCCGUGACUGCAUUGACAAGUCUACCUGUGAUCUUGUUUGCAUCCUUGCAAUUUCCCCUCCUUGUAGAUAUGAUCAAAUCCACCUAUGGCCCCGGCAUUUUUGGUAAGCAAAGCAAUCGUGUCAUUUUCUAGGCUAUGCACAUUCCUUGGUGCAAAAUUACGCACCCCAAAUAUGUAUCGGUGAUUAUCCAUGAGUGAUGAAUAAUUUAGCAUUUUUUUGUUGGAGUGUAAAUCUGUGCAGCACUUAUGUAAAGAAAACAAGCUUUGAAAAUGCAUUGUCAGCUAAUUGUGUUGUUUUAACU